AUGAUUUGUCUCCAGGACAAAUGGAACUGGCCUCCUGCAGAAGAGUUUGGCCUUGAUGAUUCUCAAAUGGAGGCAUUCAAGAGUGCUCUGACCCAAGAAUUUGCAGUCAUUCAAGGCCCUCCUGGUACAGGGAAGACAUACAUUGGGCUCAGAGUCAUAGAGACCCUGCUGGAAAAUGAUAUCACCACAAAAGCUGGCCCUAUUCUUGUCAUAUGUUAUACUAAUCAUGCCUUGGAUCAAUUCCUGGAUGGGGUUUCAUCUUUUACAAGUGACAUUGUUCGUAUUGGGGGUGGGUCCAAAUCACGUGUGAUGGAAAAAUUCCACAUCAGAAAUUGGGAACAUGAAGUAAUGAUGUCAAGUGGUUGUGCUCUGACAUUCAGAGAGAUGAAUAAGCAUCAUGCAUAUCAGAUUAAUUUAAUCAAGGAGCAGGUGAAGCACUAUCAAAAGAGACUUUCCCUCCUCCAGGAAGGAUUGGCAUUGAUCUCUCCACGUACCAUGAUGGAAAUUGGAAUCAUUAAUAAAGAGACAUAUUGCACUAUCCAGUAUUUUGCAGAUUGGCUGAAUGGAAUCGGUGAUAGGGCAAACCUACUGCAGGAGUGUAAACAAAUGCAAGAUGGCAGUCACCAAGAACAAGUUGCACAUAAGUCUACAGUUCCCCAUGAAAAACCUGUGCAGGACCUUGUGAAGCAGGAGCAUGAAGAACUGGCUGAGGACAGUGAAGUAGACACUGAAGAAGACAGUGAAGAUGAGUAUAAGAACACCCUAGCAUUUCACAGGCCAUGGCAUCAUGAAGGCAAUUUUUGUGAUCAAAUGUUAUAUAUGUAUGACAAGCCUGAUAAAUAUUUGGAAUUGGAGAUAUUGAUGGAAAAUCUGCAGCAGGAUGUCCAGAUUACAGCUAAAAUGUGUGAAAUUUGCAUGAAUGUGGAGCACCCUUCUCCCCAAGAUGAAGUAGAUCCUCAAAGGAUCCCACCCAAGCCAAGAGUCCUUCAGGAGGGGAACCUUGACAGAGAGACUUUGCUGCAGUUGAGCCUCCGUGAGUGCUUGGAAUUGGUGGCUUUUUGGCAUGGGCGAUUGUUGGUCUGGAUUCAAGAUAAGCUGGUGAGGAAGUCUUGGUCCCUCUUGAAAAUUUUGGAAAAACGCACAGAACUGCAUAAAAUUAAACAGCUGUUUGCUGUGAGGAAUGCAAAAGUGAUUGGAAUGACCACUACUGGUGCUGCUAAAUACCAAGCUCUGCUUCAAAACAUUGGAAGCAAAAUUGUGAUGGUAGAAGAGGCUGGUGAAGUCAUGGAAGCUCAUAUUGUCACAUGCCUCUCACGUUCCUGUCAGCAGCUCAUAUUGAUUGGGAACCACCAACAGUUGAGACCAAAUCCAACUGUUUAUGAGUUGGCUCAAAAAUAUCAUCUGGAUGUAAGUUUGUUUGAGCAUGCUGUGAACAAUGGGAUUCAGUUGAAACGACUGAGAGCUCAGCAUCGUAUGCGGCCAGCCAUCCGUUCUCUUCUCACUCCACACAUCUAUCCUGAUCUUGAAGAUCAUGAUUCUGUCUUGGACUACCCAAGCAUCACAGGGAUGUCAGCGAAUCUGUUCUUUGUGAAUCAUAGGCAUAAGGAAACUCAGGAGGAGGACUUGCUUAGUCACAAGAACCUGUUUGAAGCAGAAUUUAUCCUAGCACUGUGUCAGAGACUCCUUCAUCAGGAUGCAUACACCCCAAUAGACAUCACCAUCUUGACCACCUACACUGGUCAACUUUUGGCCUUCAAACAGCUGCUGAAAGGGAACCAAUAUGAGGACUGUAGGGAAGUCCAAUGCACUGUUGUGGACAACUUCCAAGGUGNCCUUUCCCCGUAUGGACGGACUGUAUUGUUCUGGGACCACCAACAGUUGAGACCAAAUCCAACUGUUUAUGAGUUGGCUCAAAAAUAUCAUCUGGAUGUAAGUUUGUUUGAGCGUGCUGUGAACAAUGGGAUUCAGUUGAAACGACUGAGAGCUCAGCAUCGUAUGCGGCCAGCCAUCCGUUCUCUUCUCACUCCACACAUCUAUCCUGAUCUUGAAGAUCAUGAUUCUGUCUUGGACUACCCAAGCAUCACAGGGAUGUCAGUGAAUCUGUUCUUUGUGAAUCAUAGGCAUAAGGAAACUCAGGAGGAGGACUUGCUUAGUCACAAGAACCUGUUUGAAGCAGAAUUUAUCCUAGCACUGUGUCAGAGACUCCUUCAUCAGGAUGCAUACACCCCAAUAGACAUCACUAUCCUGACCACCUACACUGGUCAACUUUUGGCCUUCAAACAG